CGCAUUCACCGCCUUCGGCUGGAUCUUGACUCGCAUCGACCAAAGCUAUUCAGCGGCUGGAAAAAGCUCGCUGUCUGGUCUGAAUCUCGAUCUUCACGCUUAGUCUUGGUCAUGGCGGGACCAGGGGAACACGAAUCUCGGAAGAGGAAACAACCCCCCACAUUUCAACAUCUCCCACCACACAGAGCAAAGAAGCUGAAAAAAGAAUGGAUCGAGAAACAAAAGAUCAAGAGCAAGUGGAGAGCACAGAAACGGAAAGAGGGUCUCGCCACUUCAUUGCCUUGCAUAGCCCGGCCAGAAGGGGGCGAAGCAGUGGAGGAAGAUAGCGGAGAUGAGCCGAAGAUCAACCAAGGCAAAACAGUUAUUGGCGAUCACGCAAGCGAACCGGAUCCAGAAGAGGAACCCGGUGCUGGGAGUGAAUCUGAGGACGAUCAGUCCGAGAACGACGAGGCUCCUAGUCCAGCGACCUCGGCUGCUCGAAGGUCUGGUGACAAAGCGGGGGGGCCUGAAGGAGAUACCAAAGAAACGCCAUCAUUAAGGGAACUAAGCAAGCAAGCUUACUCUCGGUCUUCAUUACACUCGUACAAGUCGGAUCCGUUACAUCGACACGGACGCGGAGGAGGGCGCGGAGGAGGCGCGGAGCGUAGUGACAGAGGCGGGCGGAAAGGCCAGCCAGAUAUGCGACUACGCAUGAAUGCGAUGUUAGAGAAAAUAAAGAGGGAUCAUACUUGA